UUUUAUUGGCUAGCCACACAAAAGGGCUAAUAGUAUUCUGUUUUCUGGUUACGGCGUUGUGUUUAUUUCCGCAAUCUGAUUACCAUGCCCGUUGGAAACCACUAAAGCUUCAGUCAAGGUGAUCGAGAAGGGAGCAGCUGCAAAAAAGAAAGAGAUAUUACCUGCCUUCCACAUCAGAGUACCGGGCAACGAUGGCUGCGAGCACGCAAGGAAGCUGGUAUCCAUCUGGCUUCCAUGGCCACUUUCGGAGCAAGAUGCGAAAUGACUUCGUUAACGAGUAUCGAAUGCAGGCCAAACCGUCACCGCCAAUGAAGUUUUCGAGGCGCCUUUCGGAGAGACCAACUACUCAUAACUUCUCGAAGCACGACAAUCGGUUUUCAUUUCUGAACACAGUAACUUCAUUCCAAGAUGGAUUGGGAAAGAAAAAAUUAGAAGUUAAGCAAAAAGGUGCCUAUCAACCAGAUUUCAUCGCCUGGGUACCCCAUGCCAAGGAUAUUAAGAGCGCUGGUCCAUCAGUAUCCUCGUACAGGAAUGACUACAAGACGGGGGCGACAUCGCGAAGUGUUCCACAGAUUUUAAUAAACUCAGUCAGGAGGCCUAAUACAGCUAUGCCUAUUGAUCCGAAACCGCCCAUUGAUGAGAGGCCGUUGACCACGUAUCGCUUUGUACAUAGACAUUUACAGCCUAACCCUCGAGUAAACACGAAUAUGAACACUGGAGAUGUGGAGGACCGACCAGUACCAUUUGUGAAGACGCAUCAGUAUAUUAACACAGCAAUUCCUUCAGUGUACGACAGAAAAACAUCACUCACUAAUCUCCGGCGAAGUCGAGCGGCGUCAGCUCCUCUGAUGAGGGAAAGCGUUGCAAUGUGUCUGCAAUGGUAUGUUCCAAAAUCAGAGAUAGUAACUCCGCUAUCAUUGGUUGGGAAUGAAAACCGAGCAGCAGUCGGCCCCCUAAAAGAACUUUCACAAGUACAACCGAAAAGAGUUCUUGCAAGCACAAAUGAAAGCUUUCAAUCCCCUCCCAUCUUGAUGCAGACAGCGCCCCCAGCGCUUCAACAACAAGACACGCCAGCAGAAAUGGUUCCAUCACCACCAACAGUCAGCAUGCCAGUCAGCAUGCCCGCACCACUACCUCCUCCAGUUGUAUGCACAGAACCUAGUUUUGCGCGUACGACGCCUGCAGCGCCAACUGCCCCACCUGUAGCAGAACCCGCACCACAAAACACAGCUAAUUACUGUGAGGGAGAAUAGAUGGCUAUUAUUAGACUCUUCUGGUUUCUUCAUUUAUGAUUCUCUGUCCUAAAUGUACAAUACCCUUUAUCA